AUGCCGCCAACCCCUCGCACGCCGCGCACGCCGACGAGGCUCAAUCCGCGCCAGCCCGACCCGGCCAUGCGCGCCACUUUCGAGGGCCUCAAAGCCCAGUUCGACUCGGGCUUGCCCGUGGAGCUCCCCGGGUGCGACCCUGCCCCAGGCGGUGUCCGCAUCUACCGCGGCGCCGACCUCUACACGUCGGAAGGUCGCCAGGAGACGGUCCGCCUCCUUGUUCGAGACAAGAACGACGGCGACGCCGAGUUCUGGGUGGCACAGGCGAGCGGCGAGGCCGAGCCGGGUUCGAGCGAGGCCCCGGCGCAAGUCGGCAAGGGCCAAAACGCGCUCAGCAGCGACGACGACGAUGACGACAAGAUGGCCACCUCGCGCAGCAGCAGCUCUGGGCCCGAGCGCACCACGCCUCGCCGCAAGGCGAGCAAGGCCGCCGCCGGCUCGUCGUCGCCUCGCCCGCCGAGGGCCACCCCUCCGUCGUCGCCCUCGAAGGCCCGCCGCGGCACUCGCCUGGACUCGCCCAUGGUCGACCCCGAGCCGGACCAGGACUCGGAGGACGAGGACAUGCCUCGCGCCCGGCGCACAUGA